AGAGAGAGAGAGAGAGCUAUGGGACUCAUUUAUCUAUCUUCUCCUUUUGCUUAGGAAGCCAUUUCUUAAAGAGUUGGAAGAGAACAUAGAAAGACUUGUACAAGUGACUUGGCUCCUGUUGUUAUGAUAAAUAGGUAAGAGUCCCAUCUGCUUUGAUACUAAACUAUUCACUGAAGAAGAGUCAUGACAACACAAAGAGUGCUCUUUGCUGGCAAUAUCAUAGAGACCACAGUCACUGACAAGGCUUCUGUUGCAGAAGAUUGGGUGAGUGACAUCCGCUCCAGAGACAAUGGAGAUCGGCGAGUCAUCGUUGGGUUGGACUGCGAAUGGAGGCCACACCCGAUUAGAUACAUGAGCAACACAACUGCUACCUUACAGCUCUGUAUCAAUGAUAAGUGUCUAAUACUCCAGCUAUUCUACAUGGACUACAUUCCCCAGUCAAUCAAAGAUUUUCUUAAUGAUCCUACUUUCACUUUUGUGGGUGUGGAGGUUGCAGAUGAUGCUGCAAAGCUUAGGAAUGAGUAUGGAUUGACCUGCAAUAGCACUGCUGACUUGAGGGCUCUGGCGAAGAGACAUUGGCCUGGCCGAUUCCGGCGGCCAUCAUUGAAAGAUCUUGCCAGUGAAGUGGUGGGUCUUUAUAUGGCUAAGCCUAGGAAUGUUACAAUGAGUAAUUGGGAAAACAGGUAACUUACUAAGGAGCAAAUUGAAUAUGGUUGUAUUGAUGCUUAUGCCUCUUAUAGAAUUGGUCAUAAGUUACUCAUGGAAAUGUGAUGGCUGAUAUUUCCUUAUUUGGAAAGAAGGUCUAAUGGAGUUGUUAUGGGCUGUUUGAGUCAUCAGUACACUAAGAGCUUCAUGCUUUGCUUUUGAAAGGUCUGGUUUUGGGAUUUGUAGGUGUGAAAUAUAUUGGUUGUUUGAGUCAUCAGUACAGUAAGAGCUUCUUUUGAAAGGUUUUCUUGCUUUGGAGUUUGUAGGUGUGUAAUGGGUUUCUAUAGUUCUCUAGUUUUAUAUAUGAUCCAUUGCAGGAUUGAUAUAA